GAUACCUAGCUCUAUAACUCUAUAGAGACGGUUCAGUGUCGUUGAGAGUUCUGCCAACUCAUUUAUAGAUUCAAGAAUGUGCAAGCAAGUGAUCGAUGAAAUCAAAGAAGAGAAGAUUGACAUAUCAAGUAUUCUAGAAAAAGCGGGCAGGUUCCAGGCAUGGAUGUACCUUCUGUCGUGUCUGCCGGCGAUUUUUGUUUCUAUGUUGAGUGUGAAUUUCGUGUUUGUUGCCGGACAUGUCAACCAUAGGUGUCGCGUGCCAGAAUGUGAGGGUACGGACUCCACUUUCCUGCCAACUUGGUGGCCCAGCCCGCAGAUCGACAGCUGUUCCAGACCUAUCCUCAACGAAUCUCUAGUAGGCCUCGAUCCUGUGUGCACCAACACUAGUUUCACAGACCGAGUGGAAAUAUGUACGGACUGGGUGUACGAAAACAAUGACACGGUUGUCGCUGAUCUGAAUCUCGGCUGCCAACCAUGGAAGGUGAACUUCAUUGGAACAGCACACGGCAUAGGGAUGAUCAUAGCGAUGCUGGGAUCGGGGUACAUGUGUGACAGAAUUGGGCGAAAACCGACGCUAAUAAUAUGCGCCGUAGGGUGUAUACUCGGUAAUCUCAAGAUCAUAGCAAAGUCUUACAAUGUCUACGUCUUCUUGGAGUUUCUAGAAGGAGCCAUAUCAACAGGAAGUUACACCGCAGGAGCAGUAUUACUGACAGAAAAUAGUAACGCUAAAACGAGAAUAUUGGCAGGAGUUGUAUUCGCCUAUGCCAUUUACAUGGGAGAAGCACUUUUCGCGGUUGUUGCCAUGCAUGUACCCAACUGGAAGAACUUGCUGCUGAUUAUAUGCACACCUUCUGCACUGUUCCUGUCUUAUACGGUACUGCUUAAAGAAAGUCCGCGAUGGCAAAUAAUAAACGGCAAAAUUAAGGAUGCGAAGGAAACUCUUAAAACAAUCGCGAGAGUGAACAAACUCAAGAUAGAUGCUAAAGAAAUAGAUGACGUCACCGAGGACGAACUCAGAAAAGUCUUCAACUUGAACAAAAAAAAUGAAACAGAAAGCUUCAAAGAGAUGUUCAGAUCGAGAGAGAUUUUGAAGAGACUUGUAGCGGGCAUCACUUGGCGACUCGCUGCUAGUUUUAUUUACUACAGUUUAGUCAUCAACUCUGUAUUGCUACCUGGUGAUAAGUACACGGUAUUUCUGCUGACUGCACUAACGUCCUUCCCUGGGGAGCUAAUAUCUAUGUACCUGAUGAACAAAAUUGGCAGAAGAAAACCGUUGAUGACUGGCUUCCUAGUUUGUGGAAUGACAUGCGUCGCGAGUGCUUAUGUUCCAGAAGAAUACCGAUGGGUGAAAAUCUGUCUAUUCCUGUUCGGCAAGCUGCUGGUGUCGGCGUGCUACACGGGCACCGUGGUGUACACGAUGGAGCUGUUCCCCACCAGCGUGCGAGGAUCGUGCGUCAGCUUGUGCACCCUAGCCUCCUGCGCCGGCAGCAUGCUCGCACCUUUGACACCGGCAUUGACCGUAAUAUCACCGACGUUCUCUUCUUAUUGCUUUGCGUUUAUUGCUAUGCUCGCGUCGGCGCUACUGAUUAUAACACCAGAAACCAAGGGCACUCCUCUACUGGACACCAUCUACCAACUCAAUCUGAGCGUUCAAAAGGCAAAGGAAUUGAAAAAGGGAACAGGACCUAAAGCGACAGACACGCAAGUUCCGGAAACGAACGCAGUUAAUCCAGCGUAAAAAAGGUUGAACAAAUUGCAGAGACAGCGCUAAUACGCACUUUAGGUGAAAACGUCACACAAUGGUAGAAACUACAAGUUUUUAAUUCAGAGAUUUCAUUUGCUUUUAAACUAUAAAAGAGAGUAUACAACAGCUAUUUCAGAGAGAAGCCUGAAUACACAGAACACCGACGCACCUUUGUUUGAAUUUAUGUAUUGAACGAUAGAGAAAUAAAAAAAUCUCUUGAUAAGUAAUCUAGACAGAUUUAA